AUGGCUCUCGCCUAUGGCGUCCAAGACUAUGUCGAGGGAGGCGUUAUCACGGCCGUCAUUGUCGCAAACGUGCUCAUCGGCUUCUAUCAAGAAUUCCAGGCCGAAAAGAAGAUGGACUCACUUCGUUCUCUAUCUUCCCCGUCUGCCACUGUGAUCAGAAGUGGGCAUGAAGUUACCGUUCCUUCUGGCGAAGUUGUCCCCGGUGAUAUUGUUCAAGUGAAAACUGGGGACACGGUGCCUGCUGAUCUUCGCCUUUUCGAGGUGAUGAACCUGGAAUGUGAUGAGAAAAUCUUGACUGGAGAAGCCGUUCCAGUUGCAAAGGAUGAAGAGUUUGCCACUGAUGGAGAUGAACUCGCCAUUGGGGUGGGCGAUCGACUAAAUAUGGCCUACUCAUCUUCAACCGUCACCAAAGGCAGAGGACGUGGGAUCGUGGUCUUUACAGGAAUGCACACCGAAAUUGGCAAGAUUGCCCAAUCCAUGCAGGGUAAGCGCCGCAAACCCGGCCGCUCUAUGUCCCGCAAGAAGUAUGGCACUUUUCAACCUGUAAAAGGCGGCGCUCUGCGUGUUUGGGACCGGAUUGGAAAAUUCCUUGGAUUGACUGAAGGUACUCCGUUGCAAAUCAAACUGAGCAAGCUGGCAUACUCGCUCUUCGGAUGUGCCAUCUUACUUGCCAUCAUCGUAUUCGGCGUCAACAAAUUCAAUGUAACAAACGAGGUUGCAAUUUAUGCCAUCUCCACAGGCAUUGCUAUCAUCCCCGAAUCUUUGAUUGCUGUACUCACCAUUACCAUGGUUGUCGGCAUGACACAAAUGCGAAAGCGUCGAGUUGUGGUGCGGCAGCUUAGCGCUCUGGAAGCCUUAGGAGGAGUGACAAAUAUCUGCUCCGACAAAACUGGAACUCUUACUCAAGGACAAAUGGUCACACGAAAAGCAUGGAUUCCGGGUGUCGGUUUGUACACGCUGCAUAAAUCCAACGACGCCAAUAACCCGACACGCGGCAUAAUUAGUCUCGGCCCUGCACCAGCAUCCAAGCAGGAAGCUGAAGAAGAGCGUGAGCGCAAGCGAACCGAACAGGACCAACUUCGUAGUGCAGCGGGAUUAAAAUUCGAUGUACCUCCUGAAAAGGAGGAGCGGGAUAAGCGAAAGCAAGACGAACUACGGAACGAGAAAAAUUCCUCUAACGAUGAAGAUGAGGAUGACCAACCCGGAAGCGUACCUGAUGUUGUUCCAGAGCUAGAGGCAUUUCUAGAGUCAGCAGCAUUGUGCAAUCUGGCUAAACUUCGUCUUGAUAAUGAAUCUAAUCAGUGGCAGACUAUGGGUGAUCCCACAGAAAUUGCAUUGCAAGUCUUUGCCCACAGGUUUGAUUUUGGAAAGCCAGUUUUGGAGAAGGAAAAGGGCUGGAAGCAGCUGUCUGAAUACCCAUUUGACAGCAGUGUAAAGCGCAUGUCCGUUAUUUAUCGAUGCCAGGAAUCUCCCGAGACUGUUAUUUUUACAAAAGGAGCUGUCGAGAGGAUUUUGGAUCUCUGUACAUCUGUUGGACUUGGAGAGCACCAGGCCCCAAUGGAUGCCUCCACAAAGGCAAAAGUACUUGACCAGAUGGGCUUUCUUGCAGAACAGGGAUUGCGAGUGUUGGCUAUCGCACGAAAGCCAGGACCAAAGGCGUUCGAUCAUCAUAUGGAGCUUCCGCGAGAGGAGGUUGAAAAAGACCUAACGCUUCUUGGCCUUGCUGGUUUAUACGAUCCGCCCAGGUUGGAAACUAAGGAUGCUGUGAAAGAAUGUACCAUGGCUGGCAUUCGAGUCCACAUGCUUACAGGUGACCAUCCUUCUACAGCGACUGCAAUCGCAAAAGAAGUUGGGAUUAUUCCCCGAAAUACAGCUACUCUCUCUGCUGAAGAAGCCGCAUCACUUGUCAAAACCGCUGCUGAGUUUGAUGGAAUGACUGAUGAAGAAAUCGACGCUCUUCCAUCUCUUCCAUUGGUAAUAGCUAGAUGUGCACCGGACACAAAAACAAGGAUGAUUGCUGCCCUUCAUCGCCGAAAGCGAUACUGCGCCAUGACUGGUGAUGGAGUCAAUGAUGCACCAUCCCUUCAAGCUGCUGAUGUCGGCAUUGCCAUGGGCAUGGGUGGUUCAGACGUUGCCAAAUCCGCUUCUGAUAUCGUGCUGACCGAUGAUAACUUUGCGAGUAUUGUGAACGCCAUUGAAGAAGGCCGCCGAAUGUUUGAAAAUAUCCAGAAAUUUAUCCUUCAUCUCUUGACCUCAAAUGUUGGUGAGGUGGUUCUUCUUAUCGUUGGCCUUGGAUUCAAAGAUAACACGGAUGUCUCCAUUUUCCCGCUUUCACCUCUUCAAAUUUUGUGGAUCAAUAUGUUGACAUCGUCUUUUCCGGCUUUUGGUCUUGGUCGUGAGAAAGCGGAUGCCGCUGUGAUGCACAGACCUCCACACGAUACCAAGAAAGGUGUGUUUACAUGGCAGAUAAUUGCUGAUAUGAUGGUAUACGGAUUGAUCAUGGGGUCGUGUACUCUCCUUACCUUCGUCAUUAUUAUUUAUGGUGUUGGUGAUGGCGCGGCGUCCUUGGGUAUCGAUUGCAAUCGCACAUCAAGCGAUGCUUGCACAACCGUAUAUCGAGCGCGUGCAGCAGUUUUUGCAGAGCUCACAUGGCUUAUCCUUAUCUCCGCCUGGGAAUUUAAGCAUUUCCGAAACAGCAUGUUUAACCUUAACCCAUUCCGCGACCAUAGUGAUGACCGUGUUCCCUCAUUCCCCUUCUUCCGUGAUGUCUGGGAGAAUCAGUUCCUGUUCUGGGCCGUCGUCAUCGGUGCCCUCUCUGUUUUCCCCGCCGUAUAUAUCCCCGGCCUUAACACGAAAGUCUUUAAGCAUCAGGGCAUCACCUGGGAAUGGGGUCUGGCGUUUGGAUCUGUUUUUGUCUUCAUUCUUGGCGUUGAGGCCUGGAAGAUGAUCAAACGGAAGACAGGCUGGUUCGCAUCGGGCGAGGACUAUGGAGGCGUGGCAGCAACCGGCUUCAGACGACGCUGGCCAAGCCACGAAUUGGGCCUGAGACAAGGAUUCUUCACAUUCGCAAAGACCUUGACUAGAGGAAGCGAAAAGAGCGUUGGUGUAGGUCUGACGAGCUCCAGGUCGAGUGUCAGUGGGAGGGAAAUGAGCAGAGGAAUUGCCGAAAACUCCAGAUCAAAGGAACGAGUCUAA